ACUUUUGCGCUAGUUCACGCCUUGACGCCUUCUCCUUCCGUUUCUUCAGCCUCUCGCCGCUAAUUAACGCCGUCUCUGGUUGCUACCACCGCCGUAACCCUAACGGCAUUUUUAAUGGCGUCGUGUGAUGACGAUUUCUCUCUACUUGGAGACGAUCAGUCAAACCCUAAUCAACAUCACCACCACCACCAAGUUCUUCAUCACACGCCCUACGCUCCUAGACGAUUCAACCCGAAACCAUCGAAUCAGAUCCUUUUACCGCAUCACCAGAGGAACGGCGACGAGGACGACGAGAACGAUGUCGUUGUAGAAGCGUCUUCUGCUUUCCACGGUCACGGUGUUAAUCCUUUCACGGCGGACGAAAAUUCGAAUCCGUAUGAUGAUAAUAACGCAGCUGUAGACGAAGACGAAGACGAAGAUCUCGGUGCCAACAGAUCUAGAAUCGGAGGUGUUCGUGUUGAGAAGAGGCAGAGUCAGGAGGAGCUAAGUGACGGAGGAACAACAAAUGGCGGUGAGAUUACUCCCUACGGUAGCUUCAAGAGACCGAGGACUUCGUCUUCCUCAGCUGGUGAGUAUAGGAAGGAUAGAGAAGAGUGGAGUGAUGCGGCGAUUGCGUGUUUGUUAGAUGCGUAUUCGGAUAAGUUCACACAGCUUAAUCGAGGGAAUCUCCGGGGAAGAGAUUGGGAAGAGGUUGCUUCAUCGGUGAGUGAGAGGUGUGAAAAGCUGAGUAAGAGUGUAGAACAGUGUAAGAACAAGAUUGAUAAUCUCAAGAAGAGGUAUAAGCUUGAAAGGCAUAGAAUGAGCAGUGGUGGAACAGCAGCUAGUCACUGGCCUUGGUUUAAGAAGAUGGAAGAUAUUGUGGGCAAUUCAUUAGCCUUGAAAGGCGCGUCUGAUGAAGAUAGAAGCGGAAGCUCAAUGGGGAAUACUGUGAAGCCAGCUAGAAGGUAUCCUCUGGUAACAUAUAACCCAGGAGUUCAGAUUAAUAACGUCAAAUCAAAGGCUACAUCAAACCCUAGAUGGCGAAGAGUGGUUCUAAAAAUCAGUGGUGCAGCUCUUGCCUGCACCGGUCCUAAUAACAUUGAUCCAAAGGUAAUCAAUCUGAUUGCAAGAGAAGUUGCAAUGGCUUGUCGUCUUGGUGUAGAGGUAGCGAUAGUUGUUGGGAGUCGGAACUUUUUUUGUGGCAGCACAUGGGUAACUGCCACUGGUUUGGAUAGAACCACUGCAUAUCAUAUAAGUAUGAUGGCGUCUGUGAUGAACUCUGCUUUACUUCAAUCGUCCCUGGAGAAAAUAGGGGUGCAGGCACGGUUACAAACUGCAAUAUCGGUUCAGGGUGUCGGGGAGCCUUACAAUCGUCAACGAGCCACCCGGCAUCUAGAUAAGGGAAGAGUGGUAAUAUUUGGUGGCAUCGGUGCCACGCUUGGAAAUCCACUUUUAUCAUCUGAUGCAUCUGCAGCCCUUCGAGCUAUAGACAUCAAUGCGGAGGCAGUGGUGAAAGGAACAAACGUUGAUGGUGUUUAUGACUGUCAUUCACAAGAUAGUAACGUGACAUUUGAGCACAUAUCAUUUCAAGAUUUGGCUUCUAGAGGUCUUACGUCAAUGGAUACAAUGGCCCUUAACUUUUGUGAAGAGAACAGCAUUCCAGGUCGAGAUUCUUCUUCUCUCUCUUAUCAUGUUUAGCUAAUCCGUUUUAGAUUACUUAGAUCUGGCUGUGAGAUAAAUGGUUAAACUUAGUGACCUAGACAGAAUUAUACAAAUGGUUUACUCGAGAUGGGACCUCUAGAAUCCUGAUUUCCAUCAGUGGAUAAUAGAUCAAUACCCUUAUACUUGUCCCGCAAUGAGUGCUUAGCACCUGAUGAUAGAAUCGAACGUUGAAUGUAAAUGACCUGAUUCCUUGUCCUCUGGAUUAAAAAAAAACAGUUGUGGUAUUUAACUUUCUGGAAGCUGGGAACAUCACAAAAGCUUUGUGCGGAGAACAAGUGGGUACUUUGAUCGAUAGAAGCGGAAGGGGCGUGAGUUAGUAGUAUAUGUGUGAAUUCAUAACACUUUGUAAACACGUUGUUUUUUCCGUAAGUAAUUAUAUUUCAUAGAUGAGUUGACAAGAAAAAGGAGAGUUGCUCCAUUCACAAGUGAAGACGUUGUAAUAUUGAAGAUGUUGACACGUUUGAGAGAUUUUCUUUCUCCAUCUUCGUUGACUGACUUCUUCUUUCUGAAUGAUUGUAUUUACGAUUUUGUUUGUAAUGCUUUAAUACUAUUAGAGCAAAUGUCAAAAUCU